AGCUAGCUCUGGAGAACCCAAGAUUGGAAUUAUGAGAACAGAGAAAAAUAUAUUUUACAUCACGUCUAUUGCAGAACCGAAGUGAUGCAUUAUAACACGUCCCCUUCCAUAAUUGUCUUUGGUUGAUUGAUUUACAUUUGUAACUUUUCAGUUUGACAAUUUUGCACCGUACAGCAGCAGCACGCACACAGACCCAGAGAGCAGCUUGACCCGGAGGAGAAGGCGGCCAUUUUGGUCUGAAGGGGGCCUUGGCUGUCACCACGUGAGGAAGAAGAGCCCGAAAGAGAGCGAGACAAUUCCGGGAGCUUUGACUCGAAGAGACCGAGAGGGGAGAGAGAGAGAGGAAACUUCGAUUCAUGCGCGAAGCUACAGAAGAGUAGCCAGAUUACAGAAUGCCCUCAAUUACUCUACCGCCGAAGGAGAACGCUCUAUUCAAGAGAAUAUUGAGAUGCUAUGAGCACAAGCAGUACAGAAAUGGACUCAAGUUCUGCAAACAGAUCCUCUCCAACCCAAAGUUCGCCGAGCAUGGAGAGACGCUGGCGAUGAAGGGACUGACCCUGAACUGUCUGGGGAAAAAGGAGGAUGCGUACGAGCUGGUGAGACGAGGCCUGCGCAACGACCUCAAGAGCCAUGUCUGCUGGCAUGUGUACGGUCUGCUGCAGCGGUCGGAUAAGAAGUACGACGAGGCUAUCAAGUGCUACCGCAAUGCUCUGAAGUGGGACAAGGACAACCUGCAGAUCCUCAGGGACCUUUCUCUUCUCCAAAUCCAGAUGAGAGACCUGGAGGGCUACAGGGAGACCCGCUAUCAGCUCCUGCAGCUGCGUCCCGCGCAGAGGGCCUCAUGGAUCGGCUACGCCGUGGCCUACCACCUGCUGGAGGACUUUGAGAUGGCCGCCAAGAUCGUUGAAGAGUUUCGCAAAACGCAACAGACGUCACCAGACAAAGUGGACUAUGAGUACAGUGAGCUGCUGCUGUACCAGAACCAGGUGCUCAGGGAGGCGGGGCUGUUCAAGGAAGCACUGGAGCACCUCACCACCUAUGAGAAACAGAUCUGUGACAAGCUUGCUGUGGAGGAGACACGAGGAGAGCUGCUACUGCAGCUAGACCGCUCGGAGGAGGCCACUGAGGUCUACCGACAACUCCAGGAGAGGAACCCUGAGAACUGGGCCUACUACCAGGGUCUGGAGAAAGCACUGAAACCAGCUUGCAUAGAGGAGAGGCAGAAGCUCUAUGAGGAGGCGUGGGUGAAGUAUCCCAAAGGACUUGUUCCCCGGAGGCUGCCUCUCACCUUCCUAACAGGUGAGAAGUUCCGUGAAUGUCUGGACUGCUAUCUGAGGAUGAACUUCAGUAAAGGCUGUCCGCCCGUCUUCACCACUCUGAAGUCCCUGUAUCACGACAAGGAGAAGUUGUCCAUCAUUGAAGAAUUAGUGGUUGGAUAUGAGACGUGUUUGAAAAGCUGUCGAAAGUUCAAUCAAAGUGAUGACGGUAAGGAGGAGCCCCCCACCACUCUGCUGUGGGUCCAGUAUUUCCUGGCUCAGCACUUUGACCACGUGGGCCAGCAGACGCUAGCCCUGGACUACAUCAACACAGCAAUCGAGAGCACACCCACGCUCAUAGAACUGUUCCUCAUCAAGGCCAAAAUAUACAAGCAUGCAGGUAACAUAAAGGAAGCAGCCAGGUGGAUGGAUGAGGCCCAGGCUCUGGACACUGCUGACCGCUUCAUCAACUCAAAGUGUGCCAAGUACAUGUUGAAGGCCGGCCUGGUCAAAGAGGCAGAAGAGAUGUGCUCCAAGUUCACAAGGGAGGGUGCAUCAGCGGUAGAGAAUCUGAAUGAGAUGCAGUGUAUGUGGUACCAGACAGAAUGUGCUCUGGCCUACAAGUCCAUGAACAAGUUUGGAGACGCACUCAAGAAGUGCCACGAGAUCGAGAGGCAUUUUGUGGAGAUCACAGACGACCAGUUCGACUUCCACACGUACUGCAUGAGGAAAAUGACGCUGCGAUCCUAUGUGGACCUGCUCAAGCUGGAGGACGUGCUGCGCAUGCACCCCUUCUAUUACAAAGCUGCCCGCACCGCCAUUCAGAUCUACCUCGGCCUGCACGACAACCCACUCACCGACGACAACAAGGAACACCAGGCGGACGCCGAGAACCUGAAUGACAAGGAGCUAAAGAAGCUUAGGAACAAGCAGAGACGAGCCCAGAAGAAAGCCCAACUAGAGGAGGAGAAGAAGAACGCAGAGAAAGAGAAGCAGCUGAAGAACCAGAAGAAGAAGAAAGAAGAUGACGACGAGGAGAUCGGAGGACCAAAGGAGGAGCUCAUACCAGACAAACUGGCCAAGGUGGAGAACCCACUAGAGGAGGCAGUGAAGUUUUUAACCCCCCUUAAAAACCUGGUGAAGAACAAGAUUGAGACUCACCUCCUGGCCUUCGAGAUCUACUUCAGGAAAGAGAAGUACCUGCUGAUGUUGCAGUCGGUGAAGAGAGCAUUCUCCAUGGAGCCCUCUCACCCCUGGCUGCACCAGUGUCUAGUGCGCUUCUUCAAAGGAGUGUCUGACAGUAAGGACCUACCGGAGGCUGUGCGGACUGUUUUGAAGCAGGAGAUCUCACGGCUGUUUGGGGAGAGCAACCCCCAGAACUUUAACAAGAACUACCUGAGCCAACACUCCAACUCUAUACCACACCGCGUGGCUGCUGCUAAGAUGAUGUUUUAUCUGGACCCGUCCUCUGACAAGAUGGCCUCUGAGCUGGCUACAGCGCCAGAUGAGUCCCUCACUGGGAGAAGCAUCACGAUCUGCACAGAUGUGCUGGAGGCGCUGCGUGAGGGCAAUCUCGGCGAUGGGCAGCAGAAGGCAGCGGAGGCGUACCGCGCCGCGUGUAACAAGCUGUACCCCCACACCUUGGCCUUCAUGCCCCCCGGCUACGAGGACAACGCCACCUCCACCAUCAGCGCCAAUGGAGACCUGUCAGCAGGCGAGCACGACGACAUGGCCAACGACAUGUGAGAGGGGAGCGAGGGAUGGGAGGGGAGGAGCAUAGAAGCUGCCAGCCGCUAGUCUGCCAACAACACCCCAGCUACGGUUGUUUGUGAAUGCCCCCUGCAGUGCACUGACCUGGACUGAGAGAGCCGCGAAGAGGAGGGAAAAACAAAUGCGCAUUUUACAAUUUUUUUUUUUUUUUUAAACCCUGUUGACAUCUCUUCUUUAACUGAACAAAAUAAAACUGUAUAAGAAAAGUGUUAGGGUGGCUGCCGUUAAGUCAGGUUUUUACUCCUGUGUUUUCACGCCUGUGUUUCUCCUGUAUGUGCAUCUGCUUCUCACGUUUUUAAAGGUAAUUUAUAUAUUAAAAACAAAGAAUUUAAAACAUUUGCAAAAAUUGAAAGAUUAUAAAUUGUGGUGGUGAUGGAGGAUUGUGGUUUUACCUGUGAGCUGGCAAGUGCCAAAAAUGAAAAGGUGGAACUUUUUAAAAGGAGACAUCACUUGUUUCCCGGGGGAGGCGUAGCAGCGAUGCACUCAGUUAAUCAGCUACUGAGCUCAAGCAGUCCUCUGCUCUGCCACAAGGUGGUGCAGCAGUAGAGGUCCCGGCGUGGCCUCCAGGAGGGAACAGGACACGAAUGAUCUGAAUGCAGAGACACAGAGCUCAAUGCUCACCUGGAGUGCUGUAUGACUGACAAAUGUGCAGAUUUCUGUUUUCCUUUUCCGCUCUGUAUUUUCCUUCCUAGUUUUACCCAUGUGAAAGUCCCAUGAAACCACUUCCUGAUAAAGCAAAAACACACUGACACUACAGUUAGUGGGGUUUGUUUUGGGGUUUUAUUUCUGUUUAUUGGUCAAAUGUUAUAGGCUCAUCCAAUGUUACCAAUCCAUCUUUUAUUUUUUUGAGAAAGGCGUUUGUCAAUCAUACUGAGUUCUGCACACAGACCACUCCUAACACACAGAGGACUUAUCAAUAACUAAAGUUGAAUAAAAAGCUAUUUCCUGA